AUGCCUGAAAGUACAACAGUAGAGACUGCACUGAUGUCUUCAUUGCCCACUACUGCUUCUGGAACAGCUUCUUCUUCAGCCAACAGUGUACAUCCCACAGACGUAGGAUCAUCUAUGCCUGAAAGUACCACAGCAGAGACUACACUGAUGUCUUCAUUGCCCACUACUGCUUCUGGAACAGCUUCUUCUUCAGCCAACAGUGCAGGGAUGCAUGAAACAUCUCCAUCUGCAAAUACCAUACAAAUGUCUGGUUCUGCUAUGGUCCAGAGCAGGCUGGUGUUCAGCCCUUCCACUCCCAUCCCCAGUGAAAGUUUGGUCCUCAGCACUAUUAGAACUCUGAUCAACUCUCGACUCUCAAACCUGAGUGAUCUUGUUAAAGUGCUGACGUUUACCUUUCAAAAAGAUUUAAACACUUCCUAUGCGGUCAUUUUCACAAUCAGUCUCAGUAAUAUCAGCUUGCCAGGGAGCACUGACCUCAGGAACAACACCUACAUAGAAGUGCAGACCUCCAUCAACAAAGUGCUAAACAUGCUUCUGAAUGACCCUGAUGCAGAACCAUUUGAACCUAAGAGAUCUGUCUUCAUAACUUCAGGAAAGCGGAUUGAAGGUAGCAUGGAGUACAGCUUCCAAGACGAAGAUACAAAACAACCACACAGUUUCCUCAGUGAACUUAAAAUACCAAGGGCUGCAUCUACAACAAUUUCUCCAACAACUACAACCAGCCUGCUGCUGACCUCUCCCACAACUUCCUCCAAAAUAUCUGGUUUAGCAGUGGUGUACAGCAGGCUGGUGUUCAACUCUUCCUCCCUGGUCCCCAGUGAGAGUUUCAUCAUUAGUGCUACCAGAACUUUGCUCAGCUCUCGACUCACAAACCUCAAUGAUUCUACUAAAGUGUUGAACAUUACAUAUGAGAAAAAAACAGACACCUCCUAUGCGCUCCUGUUCACAUUCAGCCUUAGUGAUAUCAGCAUGCCGGAGAGCGCUGACCUCAGGAACAAAACUUAUAUCCAAGUGAAGAACAGCAUAAACAAAGCACUAAACACACUUCUGAAUGACCGUAAUGCAGAGCCAUUUGAACCCAGGAGCUCUGUCUUCACAACUUCAGCAAACCAGGUUGAAGGCAGCAUGGAGUACAGCUUCCAAGAGGGAGAUACAAAACAACCAGUCAGUUUCCUCAAUGAACUAAAAAUGCAAAGUGCUGUGUCUACAACAGUUUCUCCAGCAACUUCAACCAAUCUGCUGUUGACCUCUCCCACAAUUUCCUCCAAAAUGUCUGGUUCAGCAGUGGUGAACAGCAAGCUGGUGUUCAACUCUUCCUCUCCGGUUCCCAGUGAGAGUUUGGUCCUCCAUGCCGCCAGAACUCUGCUCAGCUCUCGACUCACAAACCUCAGUGAUUCUACCAAAGUGUUGAACAUCACAUAUGAGAAAAAAACAGACACCUCCUAUGCGCUCCUGUUCACAUUCAGCCUUAGUAAUAUCAGCAUGCCAGAGAGCGCUGACCUCAGGAACAACACCUACGUCCAAGUGCAGAAUUCCAUCAAUAAAGCACUAAACACACUUCUGAAUGACCGUAAUGCAGAGCCAUUUGAACCCAAGAGCUCUGUCUUCACAACUUCAGCAAACCAGGUUGAAGGCAGCAUGGAGUACAGCUUCCAAGAGGGAGAUACAAAACAACCAGUCAGUUUCCUCAAUGAACUAAAAAUGCAAAGUGCUGUGUCUACAACAGUUUCUCCAGCAACUUCAACCAAUCUGCUGUUGACCUCUCCCACAAUUUCCUCCAAAAUGUCUGGUUCAGCAGUGGUGAACAGCAAGCUGGUGUUCAACUCUUCCUCUCCGGUUCCCAGUGAGAGUUUGGUCCUCCAUGCCGCCAGAACUCUGCUCAGCUCUCGACUCACAAACCUCAGUGAUUCUACCAAAGUGUUGAACAUCACAUAUGAGAAAAAAACAGACAUCUCCUAUGCGCUCCUGUUCACAUUCAGCCUUAGUAAUAUCAGCAUGCCAGAGAGCGCUGACCUCAGGAACAACACCUACGUCCAAGUGCAGAAUUCCAUCAAUAAAGCACUAAACACACUUCUGAAUGACCGUAAUGCAGAGCCAUUUGAACCCAAGAGCUCUGUCUUCACAACUUCAGCAAACCAGGUUGAAGGCAGCAUGGAGUACAGCUUCCAAGAGGGAGAUACAAAACAACCAGUCAGUUUCCUCAAUGAACUAAAAAUGCAAAGUGCUGUGUCUACAACAGUUUCUCCAGCAACUACAACCAAUCUGAUGUUGACCUCUCCCACAAUUUCCUCCAAAAUGUCUGGUUCAGCAGUGGUGAACAGCAAGCUGGUGUUCAACUCUUCCUCUCCGGUUCCCAGUGAGAGUUUGGUCCUCCAUGCCGCCAGAACUCUGCUCAGCUCUCGACUCACAAACCUCAGUGAUUCUACCAAAGUGUUGAACAUCACAUAUGAGAAAAAAACAGACAUCUCCUAUGCGCUCCUGUUCACAUUCAGCCUUAGUAAUAUCAGCAUGCCAGAGAGCGCUGACCUCAGGAACAACACCUACGUCCAAGUGCAGAAUUCCAUCAAUAAAGCACUAAACACACUCCUGAAUGACCGUAAUGCAGAGCCAUUUGAACCCAAGAGCUCAGUUUUCACAACUUCAGCAAACCAGGUUGAAGGCAGCAUGGAGUACAGCUUCCAAGAGGGAGAUACAAAACAACCAGUCAGUUUCCUCAGUGAACUAAAAAUGCAAAGUGCUGUGUCUACAACAGUUUCUCCAGCAACUACAACCAAUCUGAUGUUGACCUCUCCCACAAUUUCCUCCAAAAUAUCUGGUUCAGCAGUGGUGAACAGCAAGCUGGUGUUCAACUCUUCCUCUCCGGUUCCCAGUGAGAGUUUGGUCCUCCAUGCCGCCAGAACUCUGCUCAGCUCUCGACUCACAAACCUCAGUGAUUCUACCAAAGUGUUGAACAUCACAUAUGAGAAAAAAACAGACACCUCCUAUGCGCUCCUGUUCACAUUCAGCCUUAGUAAUAUCAGCAUGCCAGAGAGCGCUGACCUCAGAAACAACACCUACGUCCAAGUGCAGAAUUCCAUCAAUAAAGCACUAAACACACUCCUGAAUGACCGUAAUGCAGAGCCAUUUGAACCCAAGAGCUCAGUUUUCACAACUUCAGCAAACCAGGUUGAAGGCAGCAUGGAGUACAGCUUCCAAGAGGGAGAUACAAAACAACCAGUCAGUUUCCUCAGUGAACUAAAAAUGCAAAGUGCUGUGUCUACAACAGUUUCUCCAGCAACUACAACCAAUCUGCUGUUGACCUCUCCCACAAUUUCCUCCAAAAUGUCUGGUUCAGCAGUGGUGAACAGCAAGCUGGUGUUCAACUCUUCCUCUCCGGUUCCCAGUGAGAGUUUGGUCCUCCAUGCCGCCAGAACUCUGCUCAGCUCUCGACUCACAAACCUCAGUGAUUCUACCAAAGUGUUGAACAUCACAUAUGAGAAAAAAACAGACACCUCCUAUGCGCUCCUGUUCACAUUCAGCCUUAGUAAUAUCAGCAUGCCAGAGAGCGCUGACCUCAGAAACAACACCUACGUCCAAGUGCAGAAUUCCAUCAAUAAAGCACUAAACACACUCCUGAAUGACCGUAAUGCAGAGCCAUUUGAACCCAAGAGCUCAGUUUUCACAACUUCAGCAAACCAGGUUGAAGGCAGCAUGGAGUACAGCUUCCAAGAGGGAGAUACAAAACAACCAGUCAGUUUCCUCAGUGAACUAAAAAUGCAAAGUGCUGUGUCUACAACAGUUUCUCCAGCAACUACAACCAAUCUGCUGUUGACCUCUCCCACAAUUUCCUCCAAAAUGUCUGGUUCAGCAGUGGUGAACAGCAAGCUGGUGUUCAACUCUUCCUCUCCGGUUCCCAGUGAGAGUUUGGUCCUCCAUGCCGCCAGAACUCUGCUCAGCUCUCGACUCACAAACCUCAGUGAUUCUACCAAAGUGUUGAACAUCACAUAUGAGAAAAAAACAGACACCUCCUUUGUGGUCAUCUUCAUAUUCAGCCUUAGUAAUAUCAGCAUGCCAGAGAGCAUGGACCUCAGGAACAACACUUACAUCCAAGUGCAAAACUCAGUCAACAUAGCACUUAACACAAUCCUGACUGAUCCAGGCAAUGAUCCUUUUAAUCCUCAAAUUGCAAAUUUCACGAGCACAUCAAAUCAGAUUCUUGGAGACAUGGUUUACAGUUUUCAGGAGGAUGAUAUUAACAAACCAACUAGCUUCCUGAGGCUCCUGUCGAAUGCAUAUGUUCUGACAACAACGAAAACUCCCAACAUAAGCACAACUCGAACUCCAACCUUACAGACAAUGACAUCUUCAACACUAAUGGGCACUGUACUGAUUUACAUCCGCCUGGUGUUUAAGAACCUGACCUCUCUACCCAGUGAGGCAGAAGUUCUUAAUGCUGCCAGCACUCUGCUGGAUGCAAGUGUUAGAAUGAAGCGAGAUGUCAGAAUGCAAAAACUGAAUAACCCAGUGAGCAUCCAGAAUGUCACUUAUCAGAAAACGGGUAACAACUCAUAUACUAUUACCUUUGGAUUCAAAAUCAGCUAUGUGAACAUUUCCUCAAACCUUCAACUCCGAAAUGAAACAUACGAUUCCAUUCAAAACACCGUCAACAUGUUGCUCAACAAAAUCUUGAAUGGAAAAAGUUCUACCCCAUUUAACUUUCCACGGGCAAACUACACGGGUAAUGAUACCGUGAUUCAGGCAGUUUCAGAAUAUGUUUUUGUGGAGGGGGAUAUCCAGGCACCAAGUGGAUUUCUUGCUGAAAUACUCAAAGUUAGUGGCUUAGCUUCCACGACUGCUCAGCCCACUGUCCCAAACACCACUAUCCCUGGAAACAGCACUGGAGGAUUUCCAGGUUGGGCCCUGGCCAUCAUUAUUCCCUGCAGUAUAGCCAUCAUUCUCAUACCGACCUGGAUUACACUCGGUUGUAUGCUGUGUGGUUGCUGUGCUGCCAUAAGGAGGCGCUACAGUAGAAGAAGGUCCUACAAUGUCCAGUACACAACAAGGAAUGGACUCUUUUAAAAACAGAAUGAGAAAAAAGAUCUGACUUAUAACCAUAACAGAAGAUUUUUCAUUCAUUUAUUGACAUUUUCCAUUUUAAGCGAUAUGUUUCUCUAAUCUCAAAACUGAAAGAAUGUAAAAUAUAUAUUUUUCGAAGCUAAAAUGACAAUGCAAUGAUAGGCUGCCCUAAU